AUGGAGAGGUCUGGAAAGGAACUAAGUCCUGCUGGAGCCCCCAGCCAACAACUAGCACCAACUGUCAGCAACGAGCCCCCAGAAGACAACCAAUUCCGGCGCGUUCCGCUCCGCUCACCCUCCUGCUCAGCUUCUCCCCUUCACCUUUUCCCACGCUCGCCUGGAACCGGGACCGGGGAGGCAGAAGCCAGGCACCGGUCCCCGUCCUCCUCGCCUCCCCCGGCGACCGCAGCCAAGCGCGCGCAGCUUCCCUUUGUUCAGCCAGGCUCUCUCUCCUCCCCGGCAGAUCCACCUGGAUGCUCUCCCUCGGUGACAUUUUGCGCCGGGGCUGGUGGGUGGCUGGGGUGGAGCGAGAGCAGCCCGAGGGGGCGGGGGCGGAGAAAGGUCAAGCCGAGGGAAAGGUGGGAGACGCCUUUCAGAACCUGCGUGGCGGGGCGUGCGCGCCGUUAUUUAUUUUCUCCCUCUUUAUCGAUCGCACGGGCAGAGCGGCGCGGGGAGCCGGGGGACAUGCGGGACCACCCACUGGCGGGGAAGCAGCGAGCCGCCCCCCCGCGCCCCCGCGCUGCUGAGCGCCUCCUGCCUCCGCGCUCCGGCGAUUGCCCGCGCCAGCCCCGGCCCCGCCGCGCCGCCGCCGCCCGCCCCGCAGCCCCGCAGCCCCGCACCGCGCCGCUCGGGCCCCGGCGACAGCCGCGGUGCAGUAAGUUGGCAGGAGAGCGUCCCCUCCGUCCUCGCCUCCCCCGCACCUUUUGAACUUGUUGCUGCUUGC